ACAACAGAAAAAACACAACUUUUCAACAUUGAGGAUUUAUUUAUUAGUUGAAAUUAACUUUUGAGUUAUGAAUCCGUUAUGUUAAUAAAGUUGAUCUUCUUUAAAAAAAUGAACAUUAAUAUAUAAAUAUAUAACACUGUAAAGAACAUUAUUAAUUUACUCAAUUAUUUCAAAUUGAAGAGAUUCGACAAAGUACUUUAAAGAAGACAUGAAUAAAAAAAACCCAUACACAUUUUACUGUAACACAAUUUACAUUUUAGGAUUUAUAGUGAAUAAAUUAAUUGAAAAAAAGACGAAAUUUGGAAUUAAUCUCUACUAUUUUGGAUAAUUUAGAUCAGUAUGUUAGUAAUAUGUGUUAGGUAAUAUUUUAUAUUUAAUUCAUAAAUAAACAUAAAAGGGUAAUGUUAUUCUUCAUGGUGCUGGUUCACUGUGAUAACAUCUUUAACGAAUGACAAGCAGAAGAGGAAGAAGCAAAUGAUAAACUUUGUCAUUAUCAUACUUUAUUGUUAAUAAUAUGAAUGACAAAUCAGAAUUAAAUUUUAUAGGUUUGAGGACAAAUAAAAAGAUUUCAUUUAGAAGUUAUCGUAAUUUAAGUACUUGUUUACCGGAUAAUAACACUUCGAUAAAUCAUGUUCAAGAUUCAAUCAAUGUAAAUUGUUAUAAUGAUGAGAAAUUUCAAUUACCAUAUGUUCAAAUGUCUAAAUCAACUGAAUCGAUUGCCAGUACAAAACAAGAGAACAAUUCAUAUAUCACUUUAGAGACCGGAAAGAAAUCGGCUGAAACUGCUGCUACCACUGUUACUACUACAAUUAAUAAUAAUAAUAGCUCAAUUAUCGGAGUUCCUAGUAUCAAACGGAAUAUAUUAAGACGACAGCAAUGCACAGUUGAACAAUUAAAAAUAUCUGAAGAGGGGUUUUUGUGGAUAUUAUAGUAAUUUAAAUGGUUGAGAUCAUGAGUCAGUUGAAGCUAGAACACCAUGGAAAAUCUGGAAGCACUGGAAGGCCGUUUCGUCGUAUUGUGGGACUCCUCAGCUGUGCGCAUCUGAUGUAUUUGCCAAGUCAUUUAUGGAUUUAAUAACCAAUAAAUGAAAUCGUUUAAUUAAAUAUCACAAGUCAAUAUGUUUCAACAAACAAUCUUAAAAUGGGGAAAACAAUUCAGACGGAACAUGCAAAAGAUCAGCAAGCGUCAUCUUCUUCCCCAACACCAUUUCAACAGACUGCUAAUGAUACAGCAAUUGUUACAAAUGCUGGACAAUUGAGUAGAUCAGGAUUUUUACGUCAUCCAUUACGUAAAGCUAUGAGUUAUGUGAAACCUCAGUCAGAAUCUUUUGUAUCAGUUAAAUCAGCUUCAAGAAGACUUCAUCACACUUCAACUAUUGAAAAACCGGAUGAUCCAAAAUUCAGAUCUAGCAGCAAGAGUUCAAGUCGUAAUUCACUUUAUAACAAUAUAAAGCAUUUUGAUUUAUCAACUAAGACAUCUGUGCCAACGAAUGAAUGUUUACAAAUGAAUGAUCAUUCAAAUCGAUCAACUAUACAGGAAGUUUACACUGGGGAAUCAUGUUAUUCAACAACACCUAAACAAGCCAUAAAAUUUGAUGUAGAAAGAAAAACCAAACAAAAAGAUAUCCGCCAUUUGAAUGAUUUAAUAACGAAUAUUUUACCAAGAUCGUUCUCUAAUGCAUUUAAACGACCAGUAGGUAAAUGUAAAAGCGCAUCGCCUACAACAGUAAAUGAUCAUCAUAUAGAAAAACUGAUUGAUUCUUUCAGAUUUGAUAAUUUUGAAGCGGAAAGUCAGCAUUCAGAGAAAUCUUCUUCUGAUUUCUUAACACCUAAUGAAGCGUCUCCAGUUCUUAGUGAUAAUAAUGUACCAACACGAAGUCAACUACAACAAUGGGAACAAUCAUUUGAUAAGCUUUUAGCUGAUACAGAUGGUUUAUCUCAAUUUCAUCACUUUCUGAGAUCAGAAUACAGUGAAGAAAAUAUAGAGUUUUGGUUAAUUUGUGAAUUAUAUAAACAUCUACCACAAGAAGAUCUUGGUGAAGAAUCACGAAGAAUCUAUCGUCUUUAUUUAGCACCACAUUCACCACAUGAGGUUAAUUUAGAUUCGGAAACUCGGAAUCAAACAAUCGCUAGCAUAACAAAUCCAACUAAUGAAUCAUUUGUUUUAGCUCAACAAACUAUUCAAGGAUUAAUGAAUAAAGACUCUUAUCAACGGUUUUUACGUUCUUCAUUUUAUUUUGAAUUAAAACAAUUAGUUUGGCAUACAUAUCCACAAAAUGAUGAACCUACAAAGACAGAAUCUAAUAUACAUGAUACUAUCAUAUCAGAUAAUCAAAUUCAAAAUUUCAUAUCAAGAGAUCCAGUCAUUGACAAUACAUCCAGUCCAUGUUCUGAAGAAGAACAUGUGAAGGAGUUCCUGCGAUUUCCAUCAGUAUCAUAUUCAACCAUUAGUUCCCCUAAACAAACUGCAACGUCUCAUGAAACCAAUUUAGAAGGUCAUAUUCAGCCGUCGAAAACAAUACCUUCCCCGUUACUUGAUUGUACUGUGUCCAGUUUAUUCCACAAGCAUAUAGAGGAUGAUGAAGAAUUAUCAUUUCAUGAGAAUAGAAUUGAACAUCCUACUUCUGCUCAAACGAAUGACAAUUUAUCCGUUCAGGAAUUACCGAAUUCUGUUCACACUGAAGCAGCGCCACAUUCUCCUAAACUUUGUUAUACUGGAUAUACGUUGUCCAAUACUGAUUGUUAUAAAUUAAAACAAAAUAUUAGAGCAGAGUUAUAAUUUUAAACUGACUAGUUCAUAUGAUUCAUUUUUUUAUAUCGCCAUCAUAGUAAAACAAAUUUUUUGAUAAAAAAAAAUGUACUACUAUCUGAUAAAUAUUUUCAUUCAUUAACUGUGAUAUGUUUUAUUGUAAUAACUUUCGCCCCCAAAAAAUUUUCAAUCUUCGUUAAUGCUUUUGUGAUGUGAUGGAUAUUUCAAGGCGUUGAAAUAUUACAGAAAUGUUUAUUUCACACUACUUGUAUUUAUAAGCGGAGUGUUCAAUUCAAACAUGGAUACUAUAGCCCAUUUCAUACAGUCCAUUUUUAAUUGAAAGUAAUUUUUUGUACAUUACAUCUAAAAGAAAAUCGUUUCGUAAUUUAAUCUGGAAACAAAUUUGAUCCCAUAAUUUUAUUCUCAAACAUUUAAUAAUCAUCUAUUU